AUGCAUUUGUAUACAGAUAUUAUUUUUCCCAAAAUUUCAAAAACAUUUAAUAAGAAUUUUGCAAAAAAGGCAUUUUGUUCAUCACCCAAGUUUUAUAAAAAUGAAGAAUACAGGAACGUUUUUAAAUGCCUCAGUAACUUUGAAAACCUGAACCUUUUUUAUUUGCAUCCCAAGCAUAACAGGCUGUGGACGCAUAAAAAUUCUUUUUCAGAACAAAUAAUAAUCGACUCAAUAAGAAAAGCCCAAAGUGAACUAGAUAGGGGUUCUCUCUAUUCACUGCAAGAAUCGGUUAACAUUUAUUACAAAUAUUUAAAUGAAGAAAAAAAAGUGAAAUUUCAAAAGGCAAUUGACGAAUUAAAUGUUCUGCUAAUCGCUAAAUCGAACUUGAGGAAAGAGAAAAUUCAAAUAUUAACUGAAAAUAAUUCCAAAGGAUAUAAAGAUAAAGAAAUCUUGGGCUUAUUUAUAACGGGUUUCUUUUUUGCCAUUGCUUCAGUCACCCACUCGCUUUUUUAUUUGGUGAGUGUGUACGGCCUUUACAUAUUGCACAAAGCUUCAAAGGAAAAUAAUAAUAUGAUUUAUGUUGAACAGAAAUUAAAUGAAAAUAAGAAUAAAUUAUUAAUAAAUAAGAAAAGCAUACAAACCAUUUUAACUACUCUGGAACACGAUUUGACAAAAAUAAAAUAA